AUGGGGGUCGACAAAUGUGCUACACUCGAAGUUAAGAGAGGAAAACUACAGGCUGGGCGUAGCACCACUUUGAUGAAUCACAACAGCAUAUCAGCAUUAGGAGAAGACGAAUCAUAUAAAUAUCUCGGAAUUAAUCAAGCUCACGAAAUAAACACCUCCGAAAUGAAAGAGAUCUUCAGGCAAAAACUUUACAAGAAGGUGAAACUACUGCUGAAGUCUGGACUCAACUCAAAAUCAUUAUUCACUGCCAUCAACAUCUGGGCGAUACCAAGCUUAACUUAUUCCUUUGGAAUACUCACAUGGUCUCAAACUGACCUCCGAGACAUCGAUAGAAAAAUAAGAAGCCUGCUAACAAGCAGCGGUAUUCACCACCCUCAUUCAUCUACUAUCAGAUUAUACCUACCCAGGAAGAACGGAGGAAGAGGCCUUCUGAAUUUGGAGACAACACACGCAAAUAAUAUCAACGCCCUCAGAGCAUAUUUCAUGCAACUGAACUCGCCUGUUGCCCUGGCCAUCCGUGAGGCUGACGAACGCAUCUCUGCACUGAAGCUUUCGGAUCCAGAUUAUCGGGCCACCACACAAUCACUGAGCGCGAUGAUAGAGGAAUGGAACAGCAAAGCUUUGCAUGGCAGGUACCCUAGUAAUCUGAAAGGUAAAGAAGUGGAUGAGUCAGAGUCUCUUACUUACCUUCGCGCUGGAUACCUGUUUCCUGAGACGGAAGGACGUUUACUGGCAAUCCAAGAUCAAGUAAUGCCAACUAGGAUGUACAUAAAACACAUAACCAAACAAGAUAUUCCAUCCGACCUCUGCAGAAGGUGCUCGCAGGCCCGCGAAUCUAUACAGCACAUAACUUCCUCUUGUUCUAUACUGGCGCCAAAAGACUACUUGGACAGGCACAAUGCCGUUGGUAAAAUUUACCAUCAACAAAUAGCUCUCAAACUGGGGUUGAUCCGGAAGGAGGUCCAGCAGCAUCUGUACCAGCCAAAGCCAAUCCUGCAAAAUCAGCGCUUCAAACUCUAUUGGGACACAACAAUCAUCACGGAUAGAGGGUCAGCCCACAAUAGGCCUGAUAUCACGCUGUUCGACGCAGAAAGAGAAACAUGUCUGCUGCUGGACUUCACCAUACCAGCUGACGAGAACUUGGCCAGAGCGUACUCCGAGAAGAUAUCCAAGUACGGUGAUCUGGCCUACCAGAUCCACGAAAUGUACCGACUGAAGUCCAUCAGCAUCCUUCCCAUGAUUAUUUCCGUUAAUGGACUGGUUGAAAAACACCUGUUAGAAAACACUGAAAGAUUGCAGUUGGGUCGCGAUAUCAUAUCCAGUGCCCAAAAACAGGUUAUCCUUGGAACUGUGAGUAUAGUGAGAAAGGUUCUGCAAGGACCAUAG